AAGGGGUGGGACGCCUGUGAGCGAGCGAGCGAGUGAAGAGGUGGGGCGUGUGUACGUGUUUUUUUUUCCGGGUUUGCUUGGAAUUUCUGUCGGUUAAAAAAAAAUGACACACUUGUGCCCCUUUAAGAAGAAAAAAAAAAACAAACUUGGCACAGGAAUUUCAAGCCAACGACGUAGCCCGUGCUUUAGUAACUUUUUACUAAAUGAUUUAAAAUAAGCCGAAAACAAAAAGCAACGUGGAUGCAAAUGAAGCAGCUGUAGAUCGCCGUUCACAGCGCCGGAGAAAUUCCAUCGGGUUUCUGCUUCCAUACAAGGAUUAGCCGCCUUCAGAAGAAGAUGGAAGCCUCCGACGAGCUGGAUAUGGAUGUGAUCACUCCACUCAUUGAAGAAAAGGGAGCUGAUUCUGGAGAAAUUUCAGAUGAAGAUGAAAUCACCGAACUAGGAUUAAUGCAGAAGCACUCCAAAUAUGGCAAUCCUCAAGGAAUAACGUUCUACCAAACUCUAAUCCAUUUACUGAAAGGGAACAUCGGCACUGGUCUGUUAGGCCUUCCCCUUGCAGUAAGAAAUGCAGGGAUUUUGGUGGGUCCGGUGAGCCUCAUUGUAAUGGGAGCAGUAGCAGUACACUGCAUGCAUAUCUUGGUGCAGUGCAGCCAUCAUCUUUCUGAAAGGCUAAAGAUGCAAUCUUUAGGAUACAGUGACACAGUUGGUCUUGCAAUGGAGAACAGCCAUUUAAAGUGCCUUAGGAAAGGAGGAGCUUUUGGAAGACAUUUAGUCAAUUCCUUUCUGGUGAUAACACAACUUGGGUUUUGCAGUGCUUAUUUUGUUUUCCUGGCAGAGAAUGUUAAACAGGUUGUGGAAGGCUUAUUGAGAAACAGCACAGCAAAUUCUAGCUUUCCAGUCGGUGACAGUGCUGCACCAGUCCUGGAAGUGUGGGAGGUGGAUUUGCGGCUUUACAUGCUUUGCUUUUUACCUUUCUUGAUCAUCCUUGUCUGCAUUCGGGAUCUUAAGCAUCUGGCAAUUCUAUCAUUUCUCGCAAAUAUUUCCAUGGCUGUCAGUCUUGUCAUCAUUUAUCAUUCCAUAGUACAGGACAUAAAAGAUCCAAAGAAAUUUCCACUGGCUUCCAAUUGGAAGGGGUACUCACUUUUCUUUGGGACAGCAAUUUUUGCAUUUGAAGGAAUUGGAGUGGUUCUUCCUCUUGAAAACCAGAUGAAAGAAACCAGACGCUUUCCUCGAGCCCUUAACAUUGGAAUGGCAAUUGUCACAGCUCUGUAUAUCUCACUUGGUACAUUGGGAUAUCUUCGUUUUGGUGAUGAUAUAAAAGGCAGUAUAACCCUCAAUUUGCCACAGGAUGUCUGGAUUUACCAAAUGGUGAAAAUUCUGUAUUCAUUUGGAAUUUUUGUGACCUACUCGAUUCAGUUCUAUGUCCCUGCUGAGAUUGUCAUUCCUGCUGUGAGAUCUGGAGUCAGAGACAAAUGGAGGCUGCCUUGUGAACUGGUGGCUCGAGUAUUGAUGGUGUGCGUAACCUGUGCUAUGGCAGUGCUCAUUCCACGUCUUGACCUGGUUAUCUCCUUUGUUGGAGCAGUGAGCAGCAGUACACUGUCCCUCAUUUUCCCCCCUCUGCUGGAACUGGUUACACUGUCAGAGAAAGACAUCUCCGUCUGGAUGGUUAUAAAGGAUAUUUCUAUAGCUGUAUUAGGAUUUGUGGGAUUUCUAGCUGGGACUUAUGUGACAGUUGAAGAAAUGAUCUAUCCUCAAACAACCUUCUUGGAAACUGGAAAGCUUUUCCAAACACUCAACAUAACAAACACAAUGGAUUUGUUGAGAAAUAGUACACAGUCCAGGCUGCUCGAAGGAUGAUCUUCAAUAACAUUUGAAAAGCGAAAGCUGCUUGAUUUCUUGGAGAUGAGGGUAAGGGAAAGGUGUUGGGGUGUGAUAUCUAAUAGUAUGAGGUUGGUAUUUUUAAAUUUGGUCAUACGAUUUUAAUGUUGAAAUAAAACACAAGAAAUCUUCAGAGUAGAUGGCUUUUGCUUUCUUUCACAAGACAUUUGGAGAAAUUGUAAAUCCUGAUAAAUGUGGGUAUGUAUGAAGUAGAGUUUCUGUCAUGCAUUGUUUAUUAAUGAAAAAGUGAGCCCAGAAUCACAUUCAGAAUUUAUUGAGAGUACAAUCAUAAUUGCCAUCUUGGUACCAUAUAUGUGCCACUUUGUCAGAGUUUAAUUUUUGCUUUGUUACAUACAAUGAAUAUGAUCCCUUUGCUAAUGUAAGUAGACAUUUGUUGUUAUGAAUAUCAUGCUUUAAUAUUGAGUCUUUAAAAACAACAUCCAUUGGCAAGUUUGGCCUCCCACAGACAGUAGAACUGGGUGAUUCUGACAGUGCCCUUUACCCAACUGAUUAUGACAAACGUAAGAUGAAAGAACAUACUGUAUUGGAGCAAUGUUCCAAGCAAUGUUAAUAAGGCCCUUGUUUAUCUUAAUUAAUGUCAUAUGUAAAUCAUUUUUAUAAUUCAGUUACUUUUAUCUAUUUCUACUUUAUUUUUAGUUUAUUAGAUCUUCAGAG